AUGGCAUCAUAUCUGCUGACGUCUGAACUGCUGGGAUCACUGGAGCAGUUGAAGGAUUUUCUGCGUCAAGUCCCGGCAGAUGCUUGGGCGGCCUAUCUGAGUUUCUGGAAGGUGGAAAUACCCCAGCUGCUGAAACUUUCAGCCCACAGCCUCAGCAAGGCGAAGUUCCCAGCGAGUUGGCAGCAGGCGACCGAGUUCUCCCUCAGCGACUGGUUGGACGCUGCACCGCUCUUGGCCGCUGCCUGCUGCGCCACCGUGACGCCGCUGGCGCUAGCGAUGGCACCGGCAAAGUCUUCGACGUCGGUGGAGCUGAGGGAAAGUUGGUGGAUCACCCGGGAUUUGCUGCUAAGAGGCAUGGGCCUGUGUUUCUUCUGCGGUUUCCUGGUAUCAGCUGUCCAACAUCGCGCCCUUUGGGGCUCCUUGGGCCUCUCCCCGUUGCCGGGUCGCUCCCGUCGCCCCACGCCCUUGUUCAACGACGUGAUCGGGCUGGGCUAUGGAGACUGGCAGCUGGAGCUAGUCAGCUGGCUGGGCGUAAGCUUCUCGGUACAACUGAUGGUGGGCAAAUAUCAGAGCUGUUUCUUCGUGGCAUUUCUGUGGGCCGCCUACCUCUCCAUCAUCAACCUGCAGGCUCCCUUCACCUUCAGCUAUGGAUGGGAAUGGCUCACCUGCGAAGUGGCUUUCCUGGUGAUGUUCCUGUGCCCUGUUGUCGGGACGCGCUUCAGUAGUUGGACGCCACCCUCCAAAUUAGUCUUGUGGUUGAUUCGAUGGUGCGCCUUUCGAUUGCUGCUUGGUGCUGGCAUGUCCAAGGUGGGCCGGAAUUCCAGCGCAUGCUGGCGGAAACUCACGUGCACCACCACGCACUACUUCACGCAGCCCAUCCCCAACCCACUGUCGUGGUACAUGCAUCAUCUCCCUGACAGCUUUCACCGGAUGGAGGUGGCCUUGACCUUCGUGGAACAACUGGUGCUUCCCUUUGCCAUGCUGGUGCCCUUGCGCUGCUGUCGCCUGUUGGCGGGGCUGCUGGAGAUCAUCUUUCAAGCCGGGAUUGUGGGCACGGGCAACUAUGCCUGGAUCAAUUUCAUCGGAGCCUUGCCGUGCAUCUCCAUGUUGGAUGACGCCUUUCUGCUCCUCCUGGUGCCGUGGCCCCUGAAGUCGCGCCUGCGGCGAUGCGUGGAGGACGCUGGCGCAGUCGCCACUGAGGAGGCGAUCGGAGCCAAGAAGGUGCUGAAGGGAGGUUAUGGACUGCUGCGCUGGUGUGCCAAUGUACUGCUUGUGAUGGUCAUGGUGUACAAGUCCAAAGACCCCAUCAAGGAGUUGUAUGGACCUGCGCCAUGGAUCAACAGCUACGACGAUUGGUUUUUGAUGAACUCACAGGGAGUCUUUGGUUUCAUCAACCAACACCGCGUCACGGUGGUGCUGCAGUACACCCACGAUCCAACCCCCAGCGCUGCAAGUCAGUGGAUGCCUUUGGACUUCAAAUGCCUUCCUGGCAGUUUAGAGAGAAGACCUUGCUUUAUGUCGCCCUAUCACUAUCGCUUGGAUUGGGAGACCUGGAUCCGCGUCACGGCCUCCUUGGAGCAGCUGUGGACGAAAAAGGUGCCCAGCGAGGUGUACCACCAGCAGCUGCCGGAGUUCCUGCAGGCGUUGGUAAUGAAGAUCCUGAACGGUGAUGACGAUGCGGCGGGCUUGAUGGGGGUGCCCUUGAGCGAGCUGUACAAGGGCGGAGAAGCUCCCACGGCGAUCUCCAUCGAUUUCGCAUCCUAUACCUUCACCAAGAAGAAUUCCAGCAGUGCUGCCUGGUGGCGACGGAAACCGGUGGCCGGCGACUCGCUCCGCGCCUACGGGCGGAGCCCGCUGCCCGGAGAGGUGCGAAAGAGUCCACGCUGGAGGCAUUGGUUGCUGGCCACCUCCAUCAUGGCCUUGAGGAGCCUGGAAUUUGCCAUUUCAGAUCUCUCGGUCACAAUGGCAGUGGCUUCCAGCGCCUUCAGUUCGAUCUUUCUGAUGGUUCUCAUGUCAGACUACGUUUCGGCCUUCUCGCCCUUCGCGGCCCUGCUUCCCCUCCCGCCUUGCGGCGACGCCAGUAGCGUUAGGAGCUGCCAGCGCUGCUGCUACGACGCGGUGUGGCGCUUGGCAGCAGCCGCCGCGGGGCUUGGGACGUCGCUGGCGCUGAAACGAGGUAGCAUGCGCUGGAGCGAACUCUUGGUGAUUUCCACCUUCCUGGCCGUAGCAUGGAUCUCGUACCAUAUCGAGGUGUAA